AAUCAUUUGAUGCAUAGCAUGUUUGGAAAUUUGUUCCGUAAUUGCCUUGCGUAAACCGAGUUUUUUUGCAGGAAAAUGCCCCACUCCUACGAACAAAUCAAGCUCUCUUGCUUGAGGUCUGGAAGGUUGUACGAAGAUCCAGAUUUCGAAGCCAUUGAUGAUAAUGUUUUUACAAGUCGUCGCCCUCCACGACCUUUUGUAUGGCGUCGUCCAACUGAAAUGGUGCAGAAUCCCGUUCUUGUUGACCAAGGUGCAAGUCGUAUGGAUGUUGCUCAAGGGCGUCUUGGUGAUUGUUGGUUCUUGGCAGGCAUUGCUUCACUUACUCAGCAUCCUAAUUUGUUCCAAAGAGUAUGCCCAACUGAUGAUCAAAGCUUUGAUUCAAAAGACUACUGUGGUGCAUUUCAUUUUAUGUUUUGGCAAGGUGGCGAUUGGAUUGAUGUCAUCAUUGAUGAUCGACUUCCUACCAUCAAUAAUCAACUUGUUUUUGUACAUUCCAAGUCACGAAAUGAGUUCUGGAGUGCACUGAUGGAGAAAGCAUAUGCUAAAUUGUGUGGCUCAUAUGAAGCAUUGAAAGGAGGUCAAACGAGUGAGGCGAUGGAAGAUUUUACUGGUGGAAUGACAGAGUCAUUUGAUUUGGGAUCUAAAGCUCCAAAAGAUCUUUUCAGCAUCAUGUCAAAAGCUCAUGUCAGACAAUCGCUAAUGGGAUGUAGCAUCAAUGCAAAAUCCAACCAAAUUGAAGCCAAAUUGGAUAAUGGCUUGGUGAUGGGCCAUGCCUAUACAGUGACUGGAAUACAUAAGGUGCAAGCUCGAACUAGAUCGGGAAAAGUGGAAGUGGAACUUGUUAGUUAGAAACCCUUGGGGAAAUGGCGAGAAUGGACUGGUGCUUGGGGUGACAAAUCUCCUGAGUGGACUCUUCUCUCUGAGAAAGAAAAGAAAGACAUGGAGUUGACAUUUGAUGACGAUGGAGAAUUCUGGAUGAGUUUCCAUGACUUUGUGAACAAUUUUCAACGGUUGGAAAUUUGCAUGUUGAGUCCUGAUGUAAGUGUUGAGAACUCAAAGAUAACUUGGUCAGCGGACAAGCAUAAAGACAAAUGGCGUUAUGGAAGUACUGCUGGAGGUUGCCGUAACAACCCCAACACCUUUCACCGAAAUCCACAGUUCAGAGUUACUUUGGAAGAUCCGGACGACGACGAUGAUGACGAUUCUUGCACAUUGAUUGUCAGUCUUAUGCAAGUUGGACGUCGUAAACUACGAAGAAAACUUGGCGCCAAUUCUAAUCUUACCAUUGGCUUUGCUAUUUACAAGCUGGAAGAAGAAGACACAAAAAUGGCUCGUCUUGAUAAAGAUUACUUUUUGUAUCAUGCAUCCACUGCACGAUCUAAUACGUUCAUCAAUGCCCGUGAGAUCACAAAUCGUUUUAAACUCAAACCUGGUGUCUACUGUAUUGUUCCAUCCACGUUUGAUGCUAAUGAAGAAGGAGAUUUUCUCGUGAGAUUGUUCUCUGAAAAGGAAAAAAAAACAGGUAUCCAAGACGAGAAAACUCGUAUUACUCGCAAUGUUAAACCCAGGAUUAGUGCAAGUGAAGAUUCUCAAAUGGACAGUAAAUAUCGUUCGUUCUUCGAGAAAGUUUCUGGAUCGGAUGAAAAAAUUGAUGCUUUUGAACUGAAGAAAGUGUUGGAAGCUGCAUUUAGCAAAGAUAUUGGCGACCAAGAUUUCAACAUCGAAACAUGCAGGAGCCUCAUUAGCAUCUACGAUGAUAAUGGUACUGGAAAAUUGGAAUAUGAUGAGUUUAAACAAAUGUUGCUGACAGUGAAGUCGUGCCAUGCCGAGUUUAAGAAAAAUGACAAAGAUAGGAGUGGAUCUCUAGAUUUAUACGAACUUGAAGAUGUGUUGGGAGAGUUAGGCAUAAAAAUGAGCAAACGUUGUUUAACUGCUGUCAUCUGUCGUUACUCGAACAAGAAAGGAACAGUUGAUUUUGACGACUUUCUUCAAAUCUACACCAAAGUUGUUGGCCUAAUUGAUACUUUCCAGAAGUACGCGCCGAAAGGUGGAAGUAAAGCAGUUUUUGAAUUGGAUGAAUUCAUUGAAGGUUCUGUUGGUCUUUAAGAAUGUACGAGGGACCACGUUGAAUACUUUGUCAUCAACAUAAUUAGCUAUAAUGACAAUUUUUCCGUUGGUAUAUGUAGGAUGAAUUAUUGAUUUUUAUAGAUGUGUCAUUUUCUUAGUUAUCACUCAAUUUUAUUUCUAUAAUUUGUCAAUGUUUGUGGGCUUUUCACGUGGAAUUUUUCUUUAUUAAUAUGAUUACAUAUAUGCCGCAGAUACUA